CAAACAAUUUUAGAUCUUAGAAUUUAUUAGUAUAUUAUUACUGUUCGGGUAUACCUAAAUUUUCUGUAUGUUUCAUGUUGUUCGAUAUUUCGCCAAGGUCUCUGAGCUAUCCAGUCCAAAUCCUUCAAGUUUCAACUAUGAUAAGCAGGGCAAGGAUUGGCAGGUGGAGCCUGGAAAACAGCAGUCACCCAUUCCGUUGCUCCAAAAUGAAGCCCUUAGGUACGAGGGUCCACAGCUCGUGUUUUUCAACUAUGCGAAACCCUUGUACAAUCCUUACGUGACGAAUAAUGGCCACACGGUACGCAUGGACAUAUCAGCCACCAUUGAGAAACAGAAUCCCGCACUCGCUGGCUCCAAUCUGAAGACGGUCUACUUGGCGCAGCAGCUGCACUUUCACUGGGGCUCCGAGAAGAGCCAGGGAUCGGAGCACACCAUAGACAGCCAGCGGUACGACGGUGAGCUGCACAUUGUACACAAGAACGUCUCCUACGCGAGCAACCAGGAGGCUGUACAUCAUCCAGAUGGUUUUGUGGUAUUGGCUGUAAUGCUGCGAUGCUUGGAGUCGCCGCCCCAAAUGGAGUCGCCGGCCCUGAAUGAGAUUUGCAAAGAGGUCAAGCUGAUCAGAAAGUGCUACGAUUCCACACUACUGAAGGCGAACAUUUCAAUGGAAGAUCUCUUCGCUGGCAUCGAUAUGGAGAAAUUUUUCACCUACAAAGGCUCGCUUACAUCACCGCCCUGCUAUGAGACAGUCGACUGGUUUGUCUUUCCAGACGCCCUGGACAUACCCAAGGAGAUUUGGCAGAACUUCUGGCAACUGAAGGAUCGUCGUGGUAAGCGUCUCAUUAAUACAUAUCGCGACUUGCAGGCUCCCAAUGCACGUCCUGUCUAUCUUUGUAAUGGUCUAGAGUCCUCGGAAAAACCUAAAAAUUGAAUUCUUUAGAAGCUUUCAGCUACCCCUAGAACGUUCGUUUAGCUUCGGAAGCUUUCAGACAGCCAGCUGACGCCCCCGCAUUCAACCCCCAACCG